CCCCUCUGGUCUGAGAAUUGCUUUUCUGGGACCAUUUCUGAGCUAGCUUCCACUGAAGUGCCCACUGCCUUUUGUUGGUUGGUUUUUGAGACAGGCUCUCUUGUGGCUCAGGCAGCCUUGAACUCCUGAUUGCCCCGCUUCCACCUCCAAGUGCUGGGACAACUGGCAGGUGCCACAGCCCCAGAGUUUUACCUUGACUUCUCACUCAUGCCAACUAACUUGUCCAUCUAAGCUGUUCCCCUGUGCCCACCCCCAACUCUCCUGCGUGGGCUCUCACCUGCAGAGGUGAGUAAUUCCAGGGCAGGGGGAAGGCCUCACAGUUGUCAGGAGUGGCACAAAGACCCCUGACGAGACCUCUUGCAGAAAGCUGCGGCCUCAGAGGGGAAGGAAACCAUGGGUAGAGCUUCUAGCCUCCCCAGCUGGACUAAGAAAUUCGAUAAGAGUGGAUUAGGUAAGAGGAAGUGGCUGGGGCUAAGCCGGGCUGGAGCUGAACCUCUGGGAUAAGAUAGCGACACUGUAAUUACCACAACACUUUGAGCAGGGGCUAGAGCAGGGCUGCCUCUGCUGGUCAGAACCUCUUGCCCCCGGGGUCCCUGUGUGAAGCGGAGCACUCAAGGGAGGCUGGUGGCCAAGGGCUUCUCCAGGCUGUGGAGAGCAGUAGUGAUUUUUAGGCCUUCACCGAAAGGCUCAGAGGCCCCGAGAAGUGUCGCCGGCGAGGGCCGUAUUGCUUCACCUGACCCUCAUUUUCAUUGGGAGGAAGCAUUGAGAAAGAUGAGCCGGGUGCUCGGGGGAACUUUGCUUAUUCAAAACACUCAAUGCCAGCUGCAAGGGCUUGGCCUGUCCCUGACGCCCAUCUCCGGAGUGGACCCACCCUCUGAGGACAGGACCCCUGCUCUGUGGAGGACCCUUUUUCUAGAGAGUUCUUUGUGUCUCCCCCCUCAUCCCAAGGCUCUGUAAUGGCAUCUUCUACUGUCCAACACCUCACAUCACUCCCUUCCAUCCACCCUUCAGGGUCAAAUCUAAGCAGACUAUCCUUGUAACAGAGGCCCUGGCCUCGGGACUUCUAGACCUCAUGGCCCGCCCCUCAGUUCAGGGCAGCCCAGAGAAGGAAGCCCAGAAUAGGAAGUUGCUGAGGCAGAGGGUGGGGAGGGACUCCCAGGAGAGGAGCCCAGCCCCCCGGGGCAGAAACAGCUAUUGUAGCCCCCCACUUCAGACAGAGGAGGAGGCUGAUUUACAAGGCAGAUCGACUGGACCCCUGCCUGAGGCUAUGAGUCCUGCAUCUAGCCCGUAGGCUAUAAGAGCACCCCAACUUCCGGACCAGGGCUGGGUGGGUGCCAUGUGAGCCCAGUCUAGCUUCCCCUCCUGUUCACCCGCCUUCCUUCCCUCCUCCUGUCUGCUGGUGUCUGCCCAACCUCUCCAAAGAGGGACCCUUGACAUCAUGUCUCUGCUCAACCCUGUCCUGUUGCCCCCUAACGUGAAGGCGUAUCUGAGUCAAGGAGAGCGCUUCAUCAAGUGGGACGAUGAAACUUCAAUUGCCUCUCCAGUUAUCCUCCGUGUGGACCCCAAGGGCUAUUACUUAUACUGGACAUAUCAGAGCAAGGAGAUGGAGUUUCUGGACAUCACGAGCAUCCGAGACACUCGCUUUGGCAAGUUUGCCAAGACGCCCAAGAGCCAGAAACUCCGGGAGGUCUUCAACAUGGACUUUCCAGACAACCACUUCCUGCUGAAAGCACUCACCGUGGUGUCCGGCCCUGACAUGGUGGACCUCACCUUCCACAACUUCGUCUCUUACAAGGAGAAUGUGGGCAAGGACUGGGCCGAGGAUAUACUGGCUCUCACCAAACACCCCAUGACAGCCAAUGCUCCCCGAAGCACUUUCCUAGACAAGAUCCUGGUGAAGCUGAAGAUGCAGCUCAACCCUGAAGGGAAGAUUCCUGUGAAGAAUUUUUUCCAGAUGUUUCCGGCUGAUCGCAAACGAGUAGAAGCUGCCCUCAGUGCUUGUCACCUUGCAAAAGGCAAGAACGAUGCCAUCAAUCCCGAGGACUUCCCAGAGUCUGUGUACAAGAGCUUCCUCAUGAAUCUCUGUCCUCGGCCAGAAAUUGACGAGAUCUUCACUUCUUACCAUGCUAAAGCUAAGCCCUACAUGACCAAGGAGCACCUGACCAAAUUCAUCAACCAGAAGCAGCGAGACUCUCGGCUCAACUCCCUGCUGUUCCCGCCAGCCCGGCCCGAGCAGGUGCAGACGCUCAUCGACAAGUACGAACCCAGCGGCAUCAAUGUGCAGAGGGGCCAGCUGUCACCAGAGGGCAUGGUCUGGUUUCUCUGCGGACCAGAGAACAGUGCGCUAGCCCACAAUACCCUGCUGCUCCACCACGACAUGACCCAGCCGCUGAAUCACUACUUCAUCAACUCCUCACACAACACCUACCUGACAGCCGGCCAGUUUUCAGGCCUUUCCUCGGCUGAGAUGUACCGCCAGGUGCUCCUGUCUGGCUGCCGUUGUGUGGAGUUGGACUGUUGGAAGGGGAAGCCCCCCGACGAGGAGCCCAUUAUCACCCAUGGCUUCACCAUGACCACCGAUAUCUUGUUCAAGGAAGCAAUCGAAGCCAUUGCAGAAAGUGCCUUCAAGACCUCCCCCUAUCCUGUCAUCUUGUCGUUUGAAAACCACGUGGACUCACCCCGCCAACAGGCUAAGAUGGCCGAGUACUGCAGGACUAUGUUUGGAGAAACCCUGCUCACAGAUCCCCUGGAAAAAUUCCCUCUGAAACCUGGCAUCCCUCUGCCCAGCCCGGAGGACCUCCGGGGCAAGAUCCUCAUUAAGAAUAAGAAGAACCAGUUUUCCGGACCAGCAUCCCCCAGCUCCCCUGGUGGGCAGAAACCUGGUGGGGAGGCCGAGGGCAGCUGCCCGUCUAGUGUCCCCACUGAGGAGGACACAGUGUGGACCUCGGAGGACCGGACUGAGGUGGAGGAGGAGGAGGAGGUGGAGGAAGAGGAGGAAGAGGAGGAGUCAGGAAACCUGGAUGAAGAAGAGAUAAAGAAGAUGCAGUCGGAUGAGGGUACAGCAGGCUUGGAGGUGACCGCUUAUGAGGAAAUGUCCAGCCUUGUCAAUUACAUCCAGCCCACCAAGUUCAUCUCCUUCGAGUUCUCUGCACAGAAGAACAGAAGUUACGUCAUCUCCUCCUUCACGGAGCUCAAGGCCUACGAGCUGCUCUCGAAGGCCUCCAUGCAGUUUGUGGACUACAAUAAACGGCAGAUGAGCCGAGUGUACCCCAAGGGCACACGCAUGGACUCUUCCAACUACAUGCCCCAGAUGUUCUGGAAUGCUGGCUGCCAGAUGGUUGCCCUCAAUUUCCAAACAAUGGACCUGCCAAUGCAGCAGAACAUGGCACUGUUCGAGUUCAACGGGCAGAGUGGAUACCUCCUGAAGCAUGAGUUCAUGCGCAGGCUGGACAAGCAGUUCAACCCCUUCUCGGUGGACCGCAUUGACGUGGUGGUAGCCACCACCCUCUCCAUCACGGUGAUCUCUGGGCAGUUCCUGUCAGAGCGCAGUGUUCGCACCUAUGUGGAAGUGGAACUCUUCGGCCUCCCAGGGGACCCCAAGAGGCGCUAUCGCACCAAGCUGUCACCUACGACCAACUCCAUCAAUCCUGUCUGGAAAGAGGAGCCCUUUGUCUUUGAGAAGAUCUUGAUGCCUGAGCUGGCCUCCCUCAGGAUCGCUGUGAUGGAAGAAGGCAACAAAUUUCUCGGGCACCGAAUCAUCCCCAUCAACGCCUUACAUUCUGGGUACCACCACUUGUGCCUGCGCAGUGAGAGCAACAUGCCGCUUACCAUGCCCGCCCUCUUUGUCUUCCUGGAGAUGAAGGACUAUGUACCCGACACAUGGGCAGAUCUUACGGUGGCACUCGCCAACCCCAUCAAGUACUUCAAUGCCCAUGACAAGAAGUCUAUGAAGCUCAAGGAGGUGACAGGAAGUUUGCCUGAGAAACCCUUCUCAUCCGGGAUUCCUAUUCCCAGCCAGUCCAAUGGAGCGUCAGUCCCAGCAGGCAACGGGUCAACAGAGCCCCAGACCACCAGCUUGGAGGAGCUGCAGGAGCUGAAGGGCGUGGUGAAGCUGCAGCGGAGACACGAGAAGGAGCUUCGCGAGUUGGAGCGGCGUGGAGCCAGGCGCUGGGAAGAGCUGAUGCAGCGUGGCACCGCACAGCUGGCAGAACUCGGAGCUCCAGCGGCGGGCUGCAAGCUCCGCCCGGGCAAGGGCUCCCGCAAGAAGAGGACCCUGCCCUGUGAGGAGACGGUCGGGGUGGCGCCUAGCGAGCUGCCCGAGGGUGCAGACCCGCGCGUGCAGGAGCUGAAGAGCAGGCUGGAGCAGGAGCUGAAGCAGCAAGGCGAGGAGCAGUACCUCUCUGUCCUCAAGCGCAAGGAGCAGCACGUGACCGAGCACAUCGCCAAGAUGAUGGAGCUGGCCAGAGAGAGGCAGGCUGCUGAACUCAAGACCUUCAAGGAGACCUCAGAAACGGACACCAAAGAGAUGAAGAAAAGACUGGAGGCCAAGAGGCUGGAACGGAUCCAAGCCAUGACCAAAGUCACCACAGACAAGGUGGCCCAGGAGAGGCUCAAGAGAGAGAUCAACAACUCCCACAUCCAGGAAGUGGUGCAGGCUAUCAAGCAGAUGACCGAGACCCUGGAGCGGCACCAGGAGAAGCUGGAAGGGAAGCAGACCGCCUGCCUGGAGCAGAUCCGGGAGCUGGAAAAGCAGUUCCAGGAGAAGGCACUGGCUGAGUAUGAGGCCAGGAUGAAGGGCCUGGAGACGGAAGUGAAGGAAUCAGUGAGGGCUUGCUUCAAGGCCUGCUUCCCCUCUGAAACAGAGGACAGGCCUGAGGGGGCCUGCGAGGCCUCCAAAGAGUUGUGUCCACAGGAACCACUCAUGAACAAAGCAGACACCCAAGAGAGCCGCCUCUGACGCCACUAUCCUCACUCAGGCAUCUUAGCAAGGAUAGUCACACCCUUCUCUGGAACGUGGUUCUGUUCCCUAGAGGAAAAGAACCCUACUACUCGGGGGCUGUGGGAGCCUGUGUCUUCCUUGGAUGCUCCAGGAAAAGGCAGGAAGAAGAGACCACCAGGGUGAAGGACCCACUUGGAACCCACGUCUUUUCCUAAGCUGGCUUCUUCUGUCAUCGAAGGCAAAGGAGUACAGACCGAGAGUGGGGAAAUUGGGUUCUGGUCUUCCCUCUGCCUUUGCUAACUAACAGCCCUUCACCUGGAGCUCCCUUUCCUGGGGGCUUGCCUUUGCUCCCUAGAAUCUUUAUGCUUGUACGUGUGGCCCCAGCAGAACCAAAUCCAAGCCCUCCUGCCUUGAUGUAGGGGCUUCUAGGCCACACCUCAGGCCUGCCUUGAGUACAGAGCGUUGUUGCCCAUCUCCUUAAGGCAGAGCCUGGAACUGCCCCAAAGCUCUCUGGGGAUGGUGACUUCCAGAAUAUGGCAGCAAAAGGCCCCUGCCCUCACCUCCUGCCUGUGGGGAAGGGCAGCUGCAUGGACAAGAUUCCUUGACUGCUCCAACUCUGGAGUGGUGAGGGGGGACUGUAGCUUCUCGGGUUCACCCUUUUUUCUGGGUCUCGGUCUGGCACUUCCUGUCAGGUACCCACCCCUAUCGAGUGGGUUGCUUGAGGAAGGAGUUCGUCAUCAUUUUCUUUCCUGGAUUUAGGUGGUUUAUUUAUUUUCUUCCUAUGCCUACCAAAGAACCCUUACCUGGAAUUUCCUGCCUUAGGCUGGCCUCUGUUCUCUGGUUAGGAAAAGACAGUAGAGGAGUGGAA